CUCAGGACAAAGUUGACGAGAUGGAGCACGGAGGGGCGCCGAAGAAAACCCUAACCCUGGGGAGAGUCCUCGAAUCCAAUAAUUCUCUCCCUCCCAAAAUCUCAAAGCGGUUUUCAUGAUUUUCACACCUCUCACAGUGCGCUGCCUGUACAUGAUGGGGUUUCACAUGUUUUCGCGACCACUCUCCCCAUGACACCAUGUUACGCCGGCCGGCCCCAACCAGCCUGAGAAUGGGCAUAGACCGCGACGUCUACCAGAUAGUGGUCAAACUCGAAGAACAGGCCGUCGCAGCGGCGGAAGAGGAGGAGGGGGGAGGAUCGGGCGGGCGGAAGGACAGGGCACGCCUCACGGUCGCAUCUGUCUACGACGCCAUCAAGCGCUCAAACUCGAGCUUGGCCCGCCAGAAAAAGCGCCCGUUGGAGGACGCAAUCGAGCGAGUGCUGGCCGUGCGGAAGGCGCAGACCCGGGCCGACGAGCAGGAGGAGGACUCGGACGACCUGCUGGAGGCCCAGGAACGCGCAAAAGCGGCAAGGGCCGACCGCGAUGCCAACCUGCUCAACCGCCAGAUUGCCAAGUCAUGGGGAUUUGCCAGUAGCGAAAAACGGCCCGGCGCAGCCGCAGGCACUGGCACAGGCACGACCGGGACCGGGACGACGUCACCAGCCACCACUACGCCCGCCGCUACGACCCCCGAUAUCUUUGCCACGGGUGCAUCUGCCAUGAAUGCCGCCGCUCCUCCAGUCGCGUCCGACAGGCAAGCUAAUGGCGAACCACGGCCCAAGAAGAGGAAAGGCGCCUCCAAGGACGUCGACCGCAGCCCCCCCACCAGCAUCUCCAUCCGGGACAUUGCCGGCGUGGGAAGCACGCUACGGAUGCUGCUGAAAGAGGUCUGGUUCCCGCUGCGCGGCGGCGAGGCCUGCGAGCAAAUGGGCUACCGAUACGACAACGGCGUCCUGCUCCAUGGCCCGUCGGGCUGCGGCAAGACCACCCUCGCCCAUGCCGUCGCGGGGAGCAUAGGCGUGGCCUUCAUUCCCAUAUCGGCCCCGUCCAUCGUCGGCGGCACCUCGGGCGAGUCGGAGAAGAACAUCCGGGACGUGUUCGACGAGGCCAUCCGGCUCGCCCCCUGUCUCGUGUUCAUCGACGAGAUCGAUGCCAUCGCCGGCAAGCGGGAGAGCGCCAACAAGGGCAUGGAGAGCCGCAUCGUCGCCGAGAUCAUGAACGGCAUGGACCGGAUCAAGCAGAACACGCCGCUGGGCAAGAACGUGGUCGUGUUGGCGGCGACCAACCGCCCGGAUUUCCUCGAUUCCGCCAUCCGUCGCCGCUUCAGCACCGAGAUCGACAUGGGCAUGCCGGGCGAGCGCGCGCGCGAGCAGAUCCUCCGCUCGCUGACCCGCGACCUGAGCCUCGCCGACGACGUCGACUUCAAAAAGCUGGCCAAGAUGACGCCCGGCUUCGUCGGCAGCGAUCUGCAAUACGUGGUCAAGGCGGCCGUCUCCGAGAGCUUCCAGGGGAACCUCACCGAGUUGCUAGACCGAGCGCGAGCCGCGCACCCCGACGACGACGGUCUCGGCGACGUCGAGGAAGCCCAGCGCGACUGGCUGCUCCUCGAGCGCCACGAUCGGAUCUCCUGGGGCGAGAGCCGCAUCACCAUGGCCCAGUUCAAGACGGCCGUCUCGCGGGUCCAGCCGGCCUCCAAGCGGGAAGGUUUCAGCACCAUACCCGACACGACGUGGGCCGACGUCGGCGCGCUCGAGGACGUCCGCAAGAAGCUCGAGAUGUCCAUCAUCGGCCCGAUCAAGAACCCGGAGCUGUUCAACCGCGUGGGCAUCAAGCCGGCCGCCGGCAUCCUGCUCUGGGGCCCGCCCGGGUGCGGCAAGACGCUGGUGGCCAAGGCGGUGGCCAACGAGUCCAAGGCCAACUUCAUCUCCAUCAAGGGCCCGGAGCUGCUCAACAAGUACGUGGGGGAGUCGGAGCGGGCGGUGCGGCAGCUGUUCGCGCGCGCCAAGUCGUCGGCGCCCUGCAUCCUGUUCUUCGACGAGAUGGACGCGCUGGUGCCCCGGCGCGACGACUCGCUGUCGGACGCGAGCGCUCGCGUCGUCAACACCCUGCUGACCGAGCUCGACGGCGUCGGCGACCGCUCCGGCAUCUACGUCAUCGGCGCCACCAACCGGCCCGACAUCAUCGACGAGGCCAUCCGCCGCCCGGGCCGCCUCGGCACCAGCAUCUACGUCGGCCUGCCCUCCGCCGAGGACCGCGUCGACAUCCUCCGCACCCUGUACCGCAACACCGUCGGCCGCGCGCGCAGGCAGGCGCAAGCGCAGGCCCAGGCCCAAGCCCAGGCGCGGGCGCAUCCGCAGGACCAGGACGUCGACAUGCUCGGCACCGGCAGCGACAGCGGCGCAGCCGGCGAGGCCGUGCUCGAGAAGGUGGCGCUCGACCUGCGGUGCACCGGCUUCUCGGGCGCCGACCUGGGCAACCUGAUGCAGGCGGCCGCGCAGGCCUGCCUGGAGCGGGCGUACCUGGCGACGGCAGAAAGAAGGAGGAGGAGGAGGAGGAGGGAAGACGGGAGGGAGGAGGAGGAGGAGGACGGAGAGGCAGCAGAAGCAGAAGCAGAAGUGGCGGAUCCGGUCAUCACCAUGGAGGACUGGGAGAAGGCGCUGAGCGAGGUCAAGCCCAGCGUCAAGGACGCCGACAAGUACGUGUUUCAAGGGUAGGAGGGAGGGAGAAGCCCGCUUGCGCGUGCUUUUUUCUGUGUCAGGCAAGGGAGGGCUCGGGGGGCUACUACGCAAGAAGGCUUCGGAGUUGAGGUGGUGUUUUAGACUCGGCCUGAUUUCUUUUGAUACAGUACUCGAGGUAGUCUGGGGGUACGACGGGACGGGGUUUGUGUGAUGACUGGAUAAUCGUCCGUCGCAAGAGAAGCAAGCAAAGAAUCCUUUCUUGGCAAGAGCAGAAUUAUCA